CCCGAAAUUCCUGAGGGUCCACCUAGCAGGCAGACCCCUAGCUCAGCGAGCCGCCCCCUAUUCUCCCAGCUGCCUCAGACUCAGGACUUCGACUUCGACGAUCGUCAGCUGCUGUGCCCGUCUUUGCCUACCUGUUGCUCUGUGCAUUCCAGAGAUGCCAUCCUGAUGAAGGAGAACUAAUUUUGACCCAGCAUAGUUUGUACCAGGGUGAAGGAAAGGGUUCGUGAGUGAAGGUUGUGGUUCCCAGUGACUCAUCUGCCCCUGGGAUUCUAGAGGGAAGCACAUAAGUUACUACCAUUUGAAUAAAUGAUCCCCAACAUGUCACUCUGCUCACGAUGUGUCUUUCCCGCAGUGGCCCUGCCUCACCAUGGUGCGCUCCAGUGGCCUUCUAACGUGCCAAGAGGAGCCAGUACCACUGAAGAGCAUCUCUGUGACCGUAUCCAUUUGGGAAUUUGUGGCUGGUGUGUCUGCCACCUUAAACUAUGAGAAUGAAGAGAGCGUUCCUUUGGAGGCCUUCUUUGUGUUCCCCAUGGAUGAAGACUCAGCCAUCUACAGCUUUGAGGCAUUGGUGGAUGGGAAGAAAAUUGUGGCAGAAUUGCAGGACAAAAUGAAGGCCCAUGCCAAGUAUGAGGAUGCCAUCAGCCAGGGCCACCAAGCCUUCCUGCUGGAGGAGGACAAGUGGUCCGGGGAUGUCUUCUGUUGCAAUGUGGGGAACCUCUUGCCUGGGUCGAAGGUGGCCCUCACCCUGAAGUAUGUGCAGGAGCUGCCCCUGGAAGCAGACGGGGCCCUGCGCUACGUGCUCCCAGCAAUCCUGAAUCCUCGAUACCACCUCUCUGGAUCUCCUGAGGACAGUUGCCUUGAUAUGAAGACUCCUGCAGUCCCUUUGGAGGACCUGCCCUACACACUCAGUCUGGUUGCCACCGUCAGUUCCCAGCACGGCAUCGAGAGGAUCCAGUCUAACUCUCCCUUGGGGCCUGUUGAGUACCUUGGAGAUAAUAAGACUGCUGCUCAGGUUUCCUUGGCUGGUGGGCACAAAUUUGAUCGAGAUGUGGAACUCCUGAUUUACUACAGUGAGGUGCAUAUGCCCAGUGUAGCUGUGGAGAUGGGGAAGCCUAAAACCAAGCCAGGUUGUUUGAUGGGAGAUCCAUCUGCAAUGGUGAGCUUCUACCCGAACAUCCCGGAAGCUCAGCCACCAGUUACCUGCGGGGAGUUCGUCUUCCUCAUGGACCGCUCAGGAAGCAUGCAGUGCCCCAUGAGUCAACAGGAUAGAUCUCAGCUGCGCAUAGAUGCCGCCAAGGAAACGCUGAUUUUACUGCUGAAGAGUUUGCCUGUAGGCUGUUAUUUCAAUGUCUAUGGAUUUGGAUCUUCUUAUGAGGCAUUCUUUCCCAAUAGUGUGCAGUACAGUCAGCAUACCAUGGAGGAGGCACUGAAGAGAGUUAAGCUUCUGCGGGCUGACCUAGGCGGAACGGAAAUCUUGACACCACUCCAGACCAUUUAUAGGGGUCCUUCCGUCCCAGGCCACCCCCUGCAGCUUUUUGUCUUCACAGAUGGAGAAGUUACAGACACAUUUAGUGUAAUUAAAGAAGUUAAGAGCAACGGUCUGAGGCACAGAUGUUUUUCAUUUGGGAUUGGAGAAGGAGCCUCCACCAGCCUAAUAAAAGGCAUUGCCCGGGUAGCAAGGGGCACUUCAGAAUUCAUCACAGGCAAGGAGAGGAUGCAGUCCAAGGCUCUUAGGGCCCUGAAACAUUCUCUACAGCCUGUGGUAGACGACGUUUCUCUGAGAUGGGAUUUGCCUCCUGGCUUGUCUGCUACAAUGCUUUCCCCAGAACAAACCGUCAUCUUUAGGAGCCAGAGAUUGAUCGUCUAUGCCCAGCUGACUGGGGUGAUGCCGUCUGCAGAGGCAACAGGAGAAGUUUGCCUCAAGUACACGCUCCAGGGCAAGAGUUUUGAGAAUAAGGUGACAUUUCCUCUACAACCUAAGCUUGAUGACAACCUUACCAUUCACCGCCUUGCUGCCAAAUCAUUCCUCCAGACCAAGGACAUGGGCUUCCAGAAGACUCCAGCAAAGGAUAAAAAAGAUGUGCUGAAUGUCAGCAUUGAGUGUGGAGUCAUAAGCUCCCACACAGCUUUCAUCGCCAUCAACAAGGAGCUCAACCAGCCAGUCCAGGGGCCCCUGGCCCAUCGGGAUAUUCCAAGGCCAAUUCUGUUCAGCGCUACUGCUAUGAUGACACAAUCCUUUGGAAGUGGACUAUGCAAACCCCAAGCUCUUGGUCAUAGAUCAAAGAAGAAAUGCAUGUCUCCCAAGAAGACCUUUCCUGAGAUAGAAAGGGUUUGUUCUCCCACCAACAGGACCAACUUGGAAACUCACCAUACAGUCUUCGGAGAUAAUCAUCUCGUGCAGCUGAUUUCCCUCCAAAGGGCAGAUGGUUCCUGGGAUCUGAACGAAGGUCUGGCUAUGGUCCUAGGUAUGAGUGUGGAAAACAUACUGGCUGCAAUCCCUGUUGAGAGUGUGGGUUCCUCAAGCUGGGCCACGGUCCUGGCGGUGCUCUGGCUGCAUGCCAACGGUAAGGACGUGAAGUGUGAGUGGGAGCUUCUGGAAAGGAAGGCUGUGGCCUGGCUUCACAGCCACACAGGCGCCGUCGUACAUCUGCUCGUGAAAGCGGCCACUGAUUUCCUCAAGUCAUCGGUGGACCCUGCUGUCUUCAGCCUUUGAACACACUGUCCACACUCACAAGUGCCUCUCCUUUGCUCCUGUCCUCCCCUUCCCCCUGCCUUCUGCUGCGAUGUGUUUCCUGUUUCCACCAAUCCCAUCAGCUUGUCACAAAAGUAAAGGAUGCCCACACCACCGA